GAGAGAGAGAGAGAGAGAGAGAGAGAGAGAGAAGUUAGCUGCGACUACAUCUCAUUUCCCAGCCCUACCAGUGUGCAGGCUUCAGCUUCACCCCUCCACUUUCCCUCUAAACAAAAUGCUGCAAAUUAUCAUUCAAAUAAAACAUUAAUAAUAAAUUCUGAUGGAAAAAAAAUGAUCAGUUCUUCACGGAUUUCCUGAAGAAAGAGUGUCUUCCAGUCCAAAUUCAGCCUCUUCUCAGUAGUUGAACCAACUAUUUUCUCAGUCCAGUUUUUUCUCUGAUUCUAGUUGAUGGAAGAUUAAAAAAAAGAAGAAGAAGAAGAAGAAGAAGAAGGGAGAAAACCCCACUGCAAAACAAGAAGGUGCCUCCAAUGCUCAACUACCUUCACAAUUUAAAGACGCUAUGACAGUGCCAUUAUUUAAGCCCGUUGCUAUGACAGCGUGACUCUGAUUGGCCAGCGGUGCGCAGAACGUCACCAAAUCUGAAUUCUGAUGCGCGAGGCUCCCGCGACUCGCGGCACAGCGACGCGAAAAGCGCGAGCGUUUAGCGGGCACCUACACGCGCACAGAGAAGACGGAGAAUAUAUGUAUAUAUGUAUAUAAUUAUAUGCAAAGAUUGAGUCAAGAUUUUUUUUUUUUUCAAACGAAAUUUGUUGUUUUUAUGUUGUUUUUUCUUUUUCUUUUUAGAUUUUUGUGAUUCCAUUUUUAUGGCUCCUGAUGUCUGGAUGCCUGCAGGCUGCAAAAUAACGCACGGGAGCGCGAGCGUGCCAGUUGUUCUAAUAGUGGAAAGGAAAAUCUGAUUUUUAAAUUUAAAAAAAAAAAAAAAAGCAUAUAUUUAGCAUUGUUGUGUUCCUCUGAGGAAGCCAAGCUGCCGGUCCGCGUGGCUCGCGGGAAGCUCGACGCGAUGAUGGUGCACUGCGCCGGGUGCGCGAGGCCCAUCCUGGACCGCUUCCUACUGAACGUGCUGGACCGCGCGUGGCACGCCGAGUGCGUGCAGUGCUGCGAGUGCAGCUGCAACCUCACCGAGAAGUGUUUCUCCAGGGAUGGCAAACUUUACUGCAAAAUUGACUUUUUCAGGCGUUUUGGCACGAAGUGUGCGGGCUGUUUUCAGGGCAUUUCCCCCAGCGACCUGGUGCGCAAGGCGCGCAGUAAAGUGUUUCACUUGAACUGCUUCACGUGCAUGGUCUGCAACAAGCAGCUGUCCACGGGCGAGGAGCUCUACGUCAUCGACGAGAACAAGUUCGUGUGCAAGGAGGACUACGUGAGCGCGAGCGCCAUCAGAGACGUCAACCUGAACUCAGUGUCGUCGUGCACCGACCGCAGCCUGUCGCCCGACCUGCCCGAGCCAAACGCGGACGACCCGAAAGAGACGGACAACUCCACGUGCUCGGACAAGGACGCGAACGCCAACGAGGCGGAGGAGCAGAGCGCGUGCCAGAAGCGCCGCGGCCCGCGCACCACCAUCAAAGCCAAACAGCUGGAGACGCUGAAAGCGGCGUUCGUGGCCACGCCGAAACCCACGCGCCACAUCCGCGAGCAGCUGGCUCAGGAGACCGGCCUCAACAUGCGAGUCAUUCAGGUGUGGUUUCAGAACAGACGGUCAAAGGAACGUAGGAUGAAGCAGCUCAGUGCCCUUGGCGCCCGGCGCCAUGCUUUUUUCAGAGGACCGAGAAGGAUGAGGCCGCUGGGCAGCAGACUCGACGAGCCUGAUCUCCUUGGCCCUGGGGGAUACGGCUACUAUGGAGAGUACCAGGGUGAUUACUAUGGCACAGGCGUCAACUAUGACUUCUUCCCUCAUGGUCCUCCCUCUUCUCAGGCUCAGUCUCCUGCCGAGCCUCCCUUCCUGCUCAGCUCGGGCUCCGGAGACGACCAGCGCUUCACAGACGUGAUGUCACAUGAUGACACGCCAAGCCCAGAGUUGCACCCAAAUGCACAGGGUGAAGGCGGAUUUGGGACAGGACCCAGUCCACCAUACCCACUGGCCAACAAUGCCAACUACAGUGGGCAAGAGAUGGGUGAAAAUACCGUAUGGUAGGGGUGGUUGGGGUUUCUGGACAGAUAAAUAGGGGGCAAAAUGGGAUGUGGUGCAGGACACAAGACUGGAAGUUUAGCACCAGAAACCCACCCAAUCCCUUAAGAAAACCCACAAACCCCACUGGCUCUAUUUGCUCCAGUUUCCAGAGGCGCUCUUCUGAGCAGGAUGAAAAUAUGUUUCAAGGUCAUGACAUACAGGAAACGAAACUGUCAUGUGGCUCAAAUAUUGCAAGGACAUCAUGUUCUUUCUUUGCUCACAAUCUCUUCAUUCACUUUCUACAGCCCGACAGACCAGUUACAAACACUGGAAUUCUUUCCAUCACCAUUGGUUUUUGCAUGGACUCAGUUUUAUGGUAUGGCAUCAUACAUAUUAGUACUCAUACCUGUUAGCCUUGUCCAGUUUUGCUUUUGUUAUUAUUUACAGACUAGCAAAGGUUGUUGGUCUGUGUGCAAAUGGCUAGAAACCGUUGAGUGGAUUUGUUCAGAAAUUCGGAAUAAAUUGGGAAUUGGGUAGUGAACUUUAAACCUGAGCCCACUCAUUUUGCUUUUGGUUUAUUUCUUUGUCAAAGAUCAUCCCAUUUGACUGCUUUUUUCCAUGUUCUAAAACUUUGAUCUGUUUUCAUUCAUUGAAAAACAAUAAACCUUUUGAUGACCACAGAGUUUGCUUUCAACCCUGUUGUGGUUUCAAGAGUUAAACAUGCAAAGUGUCUCUAAAAAAGGUAUUCUGUGCUAUGCCACUUCUAUUUUUAUUUCUCCAUUUUGUCUAACCUUUGUGUAUUUGGGUAUACAAGCUUCAGCCGCCAUCAGUAUGCAAUCAGUAUGCUUUAUAUUGUUUGUCCUGUGGAAACUACUCACUAUAAGUGGCAUAAUUGACCAGAUAAAUAGCAUAUGCAUAGCAUAGUGGUGUAGCAGGUAGCAACGCUGCCUCACAGCUCCAGAGUACCUGGUUCAAUCCUGAUCCCAUCCAGGCUGUAGGCCCACCUCAAACCCAGUUUCGGGCUGGAACUGGCUCUAGAUCCACCAUGACCAGGAUAAAAUGGUGAAUGAAUAUGAACGAAUAUCAUAAUCUAAACAUCAUUUCAGAUCACAAGCACGUAAUGGGUACAAAAAGUAUUGUAGCUACAAAUUAGCUGGAAAUAACUAGAGAUUGAAGGCCAAUAUUUUUAUGUUUCAUCUUUUUAUUAGGAAAAGCAUUUAUAUUUAAUACAGUUGAAGCAUUUUAUCUCUUCUACCAGUAGACAAAUUAACAUAGAAAAAAAAAUGCUAUACCAGGGCAGACAUCAAUUUUUAUUUUAAGAAUUGCAGACAUAGUCAUGAAGUAGUCACACCAAAAUCUAUGUCGUACUGGACAGAGGAAAAAACAUGUGGCUUAAAUUACAAGGAGAGUAGUGACAUCUGUCACAAGUUUCACUAAUAUUGGGAUAGAUUUCAGCUAGACAAGCUCUUGAAAAAUGAACUCUGUACAGUAUUUUAAAUUGUGUAAGACAGAGCCAGGCACAUAUACACAUAAGCUUGUAUGUAACCUGCCUACUGUACCCUCCCACCAUAAUUUUGUAAACACCAUUCCCAAUUCGCCCUCCCAUGCUGUUUUAUUCCUCCACGUGUAGGUUUAUCUAGAGGGAGAAGUUGAUUAUAAAUUUUACAUAUUAAAGACUUUUGUUGGUGCUUUAAAAGUAACAGGUCCUCCCAAGGCUUCUUCGGUGGUAAAGCAGGAAAUUCUGGAAACAGAGGUACAAUGUCUUACCUGAAAAUUUCUAAAUAUGUGAGAAGAUGGCAAUUCAAACUCACCACUAAAAUCUACGUAUUCACGAAAAGUGCCAUCUUUAUAGAGAUCUAGGAAAGUCUUAACACCUUUAUCCUGCCAUUGUAUAAAAGUUGAGGGAAAUGAAUGGAAGGCCAAUAUUUUUUAAUAGGAACUAUCUAUGCCAGGACUCUGAACUGGUUCAAGAAACAAAAACUGAAACAAAUGAUAUUUUGCUAAGAACAAAAACAAUUGAAAAACAUAGUCAUACUUAACUGUUCUGAAACAAAAACCUUAAUUGAAGAGCUUUGUUACUGGUUAAUAAUUGGUUAAGAUAAAAUUGGUUAAGUUAUUUUCCCAUUUCAUGUAGCCCACCAGCUUAUUAUGUAUGUUUUACCUCCAAUGUUUUACCUCCAAACGUAUUUGGAUCAAAGUCACGUGAUUUCUGUCUAACAGUUUCCCAAGGUUACUAUUGUAUAACAUUACACUUAUAAAUAGACAAAUGUGAAAGGAACAGAUUUACCAAAUGUUCUAACCAGUUUAGAACCAUUAUGUUGGAGUUGGAACACAAGAAUGGACAUGUUAUAACAUUGGAUUUGCUCAGUGUGAACAGGUUGUUUAUGAGCCCUGAUAUUUUCAAGGCAUGACCUUUAGAGUUCAUGACAGUAUGAAGUUCACAGAAAAGCCAUACUACCUUUUUACACCAUUCUACCUUUCAGUGAGACGAGCACAUAUUUGUUGGUUGAAUUUUUCUUUCCUACAAUCAUACCAAGCAUUAAAUGUGGAGUGAUUGCUCCUGUCAAGUACAGUUGAAUAACCUUUGUCACUUUAGUUAUAUUUCUGUGAUGUCUGACUUGUUACAUCACCGAUUGGUUACUGACAAUAUAUUGGAUUGUGUCAGGUUGAAGGAGAAUCCAACCUGCCUGAGCUUCCGUCUUAUCUCUGCCAUUCUGUAAUAUUUGAACACUCGCCCUCCCAUCCACAUAUCAGCCUUU